AUGCAUGGAAUCCUACACACCUUAUCAUUUCUAUUAAUAAAUUUCUAUCAUACACAUGCCAAUGACAACGAAUAUGAUUUGGAAAUAUCUAAGGAUGUAGCUGCAAUAUCCAAGCUCGCGAUUCAACACUCAAGAAUAGAUCCCGUCGACCUAAACUUUGGCAGUAAGUUACUAUCUGAGCUAAAAAGCCAUGAAAUAUCCCCAAAUACUAAAUCAAACUACCUGCCCUUAGAUCCAGUACCUGAAGAUCCCUGGGUCUGCAAAAGAGAUUUUACCAACCCUUGUCCAAUGGAUUUUGUACUAUUAACAAACACCACGGCUAACACUAGCAAUACUGGCGGAAAAUGCGUACCUAAAAGCACGUAUACUGGUAGCUGCGGGGCGGAGGAUUUUGCCAAAACUAGCGUACAAUACAAACUACGAUGGGCAAGUUUGUGUGAAACAAAUUGGCCUUGUGACGGCGAUUACAGGCCAGAUUACGGGCACCCUUGUCCAGAAUUGUGGACCAUGAAAGGCGGUAAAUGUGCACCAACUUACGCAUAUAUUGGACCCUGCGAUCAGUCAAUAAGCUUUGCCCACUUUAACAAGAGGCAGAGGGAAGAGUGGUCUAGACGCUGCCACGCUUUCUGGCCAAAUUACAACCCAGAUAUGGCUGCUCCCAGUAAUCAUGGCAAUAAUAAAAAUCCAUACAAUGUGCCAACAGAUAUCCCCAUAGAUUCAAAAAACACCCAUACCAGAUUGUUUCGCUAA